CCACGUGAAAAAGUGGAUAGGAGGGCGAAGAGAGCAAGGGAUACCCGCAAAGUUUAGCAGGCAACCUUCUCGUCUACUGGAUUACUGGCUGGACACGGACAAGAAGGAGGGACAUGAGGGGUCUGGAAGACUGCUCUAGGUAACUGGCAGAGGGGAGCUGGCUGGGAGGAAGAGACCAGGAGGAGGGAGAACUGGCAUCUCAGUGCCCUGCAGGAUGGCAUCGCCUCUGCCCUGGCUGUACAUUCUUCUGUGGGUGGCAAGUGCCCUAGGGAAACUUGAAGAUGAGGGCAAACUCUACUCAGAAAACAUCAGCCGGACCCUGGACAACCUGCUUGAAGGCUAUGACAAUCGGCUGCGGCCGGGAUUUGGAGGUGCCGUCACUGAGGUCAAAACAGACAUUUACGUGACAAGUUUUGGGCCCGUGUCGGACGUGGAGAUGGAAUAUACAAUGGAUGUUUUCUUCCGCCAGACUUGGACCGACGAGAGGUUGAAGUUUGGGGGGCCAGCUGAGAUUCUGAGUUUGAACAACUUGAUGGUCAGUAAAAUCUGGACACCUGACACUUUCUUCAGGAAUGGCAAGAAGUCAAUUGCUCACAAUAUGACGACCCCGAAUAAGCUCUUCAGAAUAAUGCAGAAUGGAACCAUUCUGUACACCAUGAGGCUCACCAUCAAUGCCGACUGUCCCAUGAGGCUGGUUAACUUUCCUAUGGACGGGCAUGCUUGUCCACUCAAGUUUGGGAGCUAUGCUUACCCUAAAAGUGAAAUCAUAUAUACAUGGAAAAAAGGCCCCCUGUACUCAGUGGAGGUCCCGGAAGAAUCAUCGAGCCUCCUUCAGUAUGAUCUGGUUGGACAGACAGUAUCCAGUGAGACAAUUAAAUCUAACACAGGUGAAUACGUAAUAAUGACAGUUUAUUUCCACUUGCAAAGGAAGAUGGGUUACUUCAUGAUACAGAUAUAUACUCCUUGCAUCAUGACGGUCAUUCUUUCUCAAGUGUCUUUCUGGAUUAACAAGGAGUCGGUCCCGGCCAGAACUGUCUUCGGGAUCACCACUGUUUUAACCAUGACUACUUUGAGCAUCAGUGCCCGGCACUCCUUGCCAAAGGUGUCUUAUGCCACCGCCAUGGAUUGGUUCAUAGCCGUUUGCUUUGCCUUCGUCUUCUCUGCCCUUAUUGAGUUCGCAGCUGUCAACUACUUUACCAAUCUUCAGACACAGAAGGUGGAAAGGAAGGCACAGAUUGCAGCCUCACCUCCAGCGACAAUAGCAAAAGCCCCCGAACCCUUGGAAGCCGAGAUCGUCUUGCAUCCUGAUUCCAAGUAUCAUUUGAAGAAAAGAAUCACCUCUCUGACCCUGCCAAUAGUCCCAUCUUCCGAGGCCAGCAAAGUCCUCACAAGAGCGCCCAUCUUACAGUCCACACCUGUCACACCCCCACCCCUCUCUCCAGCCUUUGGAGGUACCAGUAAAAUAGACCAGUACUCUCGGAUCCUCUUCCCUGUUGCGUUUGCAGGAUUCAACCUUGUGUACUGGAUAGUGUAUCUUUCCAGAGACCCGAUGGAAGUGAGCAGCAGUGUCGAGUAG